CAAACAGGCCGACACAGUAAUUAGUGAAAUUCCUCCACGCAGUUACCUACCAUUCAAACUUUGAAAAAAAGGAUCAGUGCCUAAUGGCGGAGCAAAUUCCUUCCAUCUAAUCUAAUAAACCUUAUUUGGUACCAAAAUCAAAAUCAAAGCCCAACAAGAAGCUUCGCUGUGCUGCAAGAAGAAAUUAUGGGUUUGUCGUCUGCUAGUACCACGGCCAGUGCAACCCCAGAAGGACUGCAAUUGUGCAUAUUUGAUUUGAGGAGGGGUCAAAAUGAAGGGCAAGAAUUGGACAAGAUAUUGUUUUUCUUCCCUGCCGAUUUGCCCUUCUCAGCACAAUUCUCUGUGAUUGGGCUCAGUGAAGGACUUAUCACAUUUACCAGAAUCUUCUCUCCAGAGGCUGCUUGUGAAGCCAUUGAAGCAGAGAGGCAUUCGCAUGUUUUUUAUGAGGCGGAACCAGAUAUCUGGAUGGUGAUGGUAGUGGAGAAAAGCAAGGAGUUUGAAGCUAUUUGGAGAAGUGAUGCAUUGAGAAAGGUUCUUAAGGAAGUCCAUUAUCUUUUUGUGAUGUUUCAUGGAUCUAUAAGAGCGUUGCUUGACAAAGACCCUGGUGGAGGACUAACUCGAUCUCAUUUGUACUAUUUCAUCAUGGACUAUCUUGGUGCAUUUCAAAAGCGGUCUCCAUUCGAUGGGUGCUGCUGGGAUUUUCUGGUCGGGAAGAAACUACUGUUACCAUCAUUCCGUGACUGUUUAAAGGAGCGUGGAACCGUACAGAUGCUUACUGUAGGGCGGGAAGCAGCAAUUGAAGUACAGUCGCUUGUAAGGGUGCUCGAAUCUUGUGCUGGGAACAUACCCUGUCACUCACUGAUCUUGUUUCAGGACCUGUUGGUGUCCACAACACUUUCUCCUGAUGACACCGUAAACCUAUUUGCAUAUGCUGUUUUAAGGCUGACUCCCCGUGCUUUAUCCUCUGGAGUAAGUUCCUGGUCCUAUUUACGCAAAGGAGCUACAUCCCAUGUAUCCUCAAGUUCUAUCUUGGCCCGUCCUGGUGGUGUUCCAGAACAAUUUCAAGGCUCAGAUGUCAACUCUCCUGCUGGAGAUAACAAUUAUCGUGUCAUACGGCCCUUGCAGCAGGAUAAGUGGUCCAAAGGGAAGGAUGGUUUUCUUGUCACUGAUAUUUGGGGUGCAGAGGCUAGUAACUUGAUUUCUGCCACUCCAACAGUUUUGCUCCAUCAGACAGAGGAGAGAAUGUAUCUGUGUGCCCAUCAGCAUAAGAGCCUUACCUUAAUUUUUCUCAUUCCUGUUUCUUCAGUGCUAAUUGGGGAUCAAGGUGUUUCUGCGGUGAAGCAGCAAGUUCUUGAAAAUGUAUCCCUAAAGCUGUUGAGAGUUGAAGAGAAACUAUCAAAAGGAUGGGUUGGUGAGAAUGCAUAUCAUGUUAGUGGAUAUCGAUAUUUACUAGUGGACGGAGACAGAAAUGUAUCUAGGGCUUCUCCACCAGGAAAGGUCACAACCCUUACUAAGGAUUCCUUACUUGCCUUAAGUAAGCUUAGAGAAGAAGUUGAUUUGGAAAAGAGUAAAGCACAAUCAAAUAAUGCUGGUCAAGAGAAAGAAUUGGAAGUUAGCAUCCGGGCGAAAAACAAUGCUUGGGUUAUUGCUCGGGUUACAAGAGGGAAGGAACUUUAUAUGGUUCUGGAGAAAGCCAAUGAAACCCUUCUUUAUGCCUCUGAUGCUGUUGAAAAGUUCAGCAACAGGUACUGCAAUGGAGCUUUCUCGUUGAAUUAGGGGAAUUCCUUGGUUUUUGAUAUUCAUAGUUACUAACAUGAUAACACAAAAUGAGGGGUCCUACCUCUAUGCUCCCCAAGCGAUGAAAUGUCAGACCUGGCGUUGUAGAUUUCUGUAAAACAUCACACUUGCUAGGGGAAAAUAAAUAAUUAAAGUUAUGUUCUUUUAUUCAAAGCAUGUUGUAACUUGUAUCCAAUUUUUUAUGUACUUGUAAAUUAUUUUUUGUUUAUUAAUUUACAAAGAAGUAUCAUCUACAAAA